CCGGAAACCGUCGAUCAGAUACGAAUUGGAAAGGAAUUUGUCCUACAAAGAAAAUGUGCAAUGGCUACCGGUGUCAUAAAACUGGACAGUAUUGCUGAAGCUUUCGAAAAGGCUGCUAAAUUUUCGCCUCACGAAUCGGCGUCGUUGUCGACAACUAGCGAACGGUCCUCGUCAGGAGUUUCCUCAGCUUCUAAUUCACCAACGUCAUCCACGUCACCAGUCAGCAACUUCAGUAAUUCACUGCCUGAUGGGUUUGGUGGACCACUUUCAUACAGCAAUCCAGUGUUUGAACUAGAUCCAGCCGAAUAUCUAAGUCAUGACGCACAAUCGCGAUACGUUUGCACUGGAGUAGUUGCACUAAGUGAUGAACUAUGGCUAGACGUCGAAGCUCAUCUGAAGGCGCUCACCGAGGAGCCAUCAACGGCGAACCGAUCGCUGACGGAACGAUGCCGCCACUUCAUGAAGAGUAAGUGGAGAUCUAUUUCCAUAUCGAUGGUGCCUGUGAGAUCGUCAGUUGAUGGUGACGAGAAACCCCUAUCUCCACCUGGUGACACGGACGAGAAUGCCAACAAAGACACACCAAAAAAGCCUGAACCAAAACCUCCGCCAGUGAAACCCCCAGUUGGUCCCGUGCCUACCGUCACUGUUUCGGGACCAGACGAAUCACCGACGGACACAUUCUCCUGUACGCCAAUAUAUGUAGUUAUAAUUUUAGCCAUAUUUCUUAUACUAGUAGUCGGAGCUGUGACUACCGUAGUCGACAUGAAACCCGAAUUUUUAUAUGGUCCUAAAGCGAAUUUUACAGUAAUUGAUUAUAAUCUCCUUUUAAAUGAAACAACUCAUCCUCCAUAA